GUCGGAUGAAGUUCUUGCGUGAAAGAUUUCACAAACAACAACAAUGGCGUAUUCAGUGAAUAUAUCUGUUGAAGCACCGAUAGAAAAUCAAAUUCAAGAAAUUACUUACGAUGGACAGGAAAUAUAUCAGGCGCCACUUACUUUGUCGGAGAACCUGGCAAAGAUUGCCCAAAAAAUUGACUUCAGUAAAAGCAAUGGCGAAGAAACAAAGAAAGAGCCAGCUGAAGGCGGAGAUAAAAGUGAAGACGAUACCAAGGAUCCAGCAGCUUUUCAGUCAUCGUUAUGGCCCUGGGAUAGUGUUCGGAAUAAGUUGAGAAACGCUCUGACUGAAGUUUGCGUGCUAGCAGAUGUCCUUGCAAUAGUAAAAGAGAAAAGGUAUAUGGUAUUAGACCCAGUACCACAAGAAGGAGUCGAAGUUAAACCAAUGGUUCAAGUUUACGCUAGGAAGAAAGCAUUAUCUGGUGCUAGUUCUGUACUUUUACUUGGUGCUGAGAGAUUAAAGAACUGCCAAAAUGAAUUAGCCAGAAAUCGAGCAACACCUGACUUUCACAUUGAACUGCUUAGGCUUAGGCAGAAUUGGCGACUUAAAAAAGUAUCUAAUUCUAUCAUUGGUGAUCUCAGCUAUCGUACAGCUGGAUCCAAGUAUACUCAGACAGGGAUGUUCGAAGUAACAAAAGCUGAAGAAGAAGAGAAGACGUGGACAAGUCCACCGGCGUCUCCAAAUCCGAACUCCAGUGCCACUCCAAAUUCUACUCCAUCACAAUCUCAUCCCCCCUCAAGUUCUAAAGUGAAUCCUUCUGCAUUGAGAGUUACCAUACCCAGUGAACUUCAAGGAGUCGCAUACAUCGAAGUUCUUUGUCAGAAGGACCAAGAAGAUUUAUGCAGUGCCAACAUCAGUCUAUUGAACGGUGGUACAAAUAGCUCAAACGCAGAUAUGCACUGGCAGCAAAAGUUAGAAGCUGCUCAGAAUGUUUUAUUCUGUAAAGAAUUAUUCAGUCAAUUAGCCAGGGAAGCCGUACACCUCCGUGCUCCUAUACCUCACAUGGUUGUCGGCAACCAAAUCAUGGCGACAGUCCUGCCAGGUAUUCAACUUAUUAUUGGCCUCUGCCAUAGCACGGGCAAUGAUAAGAAGCCUUCAGCGCCACCGCCUCACAAAACGGAGCAUGACCACGUGCUGGAACACUCGUUACAUCAAUUAUUACGAGAGGUUCACCAUAAAAAUACACAUCAUCCCUUCCCUCAUCCAUCGUCUGGUCCGCUAGGUCCAAGUAAACGUCGUUGCCUUGCCGGUCCUAAUGCUGCAGACAGAUACGAGCUGCUUGAAAUGACGAAAAGCCAAACACUACUAGAACAAAUAAUUCAACAGGCACAACAUUUUUUCAUGCGUUUGCGGACAGAGUAUGUCUUGGAUACUAUAGCAAAAGAGGUGAAAGAUCCGUUGAUAGUUUCACAUUGGAAUGCCUUAAAUUCUCCCACACAGUCUUGCGUCAAAAUCAAUAUCUUGACUCAUGGCUAUGAUUCCGUUUGUCGUACGUCACUCGUUGUACAUGUGGGUGAAAAAUCCCUGAAAUGUGUCUGCAGAGACGGUAGAGUCAUGCACAUGAGUUAUGAGCCCCAAGAGCUACGAGACUUAAUCUUUUGCCAGAUUUACCAGCACCAGAUUACAGCAGUCCAAGCAUUGGCCAAAUGUAUGGGCUGGCAGUUUCUCGCCAACAGUUCUCACUUGGGAUUAGGUGCGGUCGAGCCAUUGGGAAAUGCUAGCAGUUGCAUCCUAGCGUCACCCAUAGGGGAUAGGAUGAUAGCGGUUCGGUGCGAGCCUCAGACAGGAGUCCAAGUUGGUAUAGCACAUUCCCCAAGGAAAGAUUUUUUCCCUGGUCAGUUGGUCAAAGAGAGAAAAUGGGAGAACUUGGGUGGUUCAUUCAAAGAAGUUCGCUGGGACAAAAUGGAGGGUAAAAAUUUCUUGAAUAAAAUGGAGCUGUUGAUGGCUUCGCUGACGAGUUCAUAAUCUGAUUUGAUUCUCCAAAACCCUAAUGCUAGGGCCAUACCUCAGAGAUUACAUCGUUGCCAAGCGUUGAGAGACGCAACAUGGGUAUUUGAUUGUGAAAGUGUAUCUCUGUUUCUCCUAUAGGGUGAAUAAUGCAAAUUUGUUAAAUAAUAAAUUCUUAUACAUUUUUUCUUCAA